GACUCACUAACCCGAAUAGACCAGUUCAAUUGAUUAACCCUUAAACUACUCUUACAUUCAGGAGAAUAUUCUUUCUCAUACUCCAUCCGUCCCACUUUAGAUUACAAUAUUUCUUUUAGUUGAAAUUAAGGAAGAGUCAAAUAAAAUUUUUUCCCCUAAAUUACCCCCCAAAUCCCCCAAAUAGUGUAAAUAGUGAGCCCGGUCAACUCCAUGCUCAAGCUCGCCGAGCUCCUCUGCCUCCGCGGCCUCGCCGUCACCUUCCUCGCCACCGACCACAACCACCGCCGCCUCCUCCGCAGCACCGCCGACAUCGAGUCGCUGCUCCGGAAGAGGUACCCCGGCCGCUUCCGCUUCGAGGUCAUCGCCGACGGGCUCCCGGGGGACCACCCCCUCUCCGCGGAGCACUUGGGGGAGGUGGUCGGGUCUCUCGAAGCUGAGGCGGCGGCGGCGGUCAGGGGAAUGAUGGGGAGGUCGGAGGUGGCGUGCGCGGUGGCGGAGGGGAUGUUCGGCCCCUGCUGCCUCUCCGUUUAUCUCUCCGUUCCUAUGCUCUUUCAGGCUGGUCAACUUCCUAUCCAAGGAGAAGAUUUGGACAGAGUGAUAGCAGGCGUACCGGGCAUGGAAGGCCUUCUCAGAGCACGUGACCUGCCCCAUUUUUUCCGGGCCCAAGAUCCAUGGGCCGAAAAGAACAUCGAACUGGUCAAGGCCGAAAUGCAUUAUGUACCCAAAGCCCACGGACUCAUACUCAACACCUUUGAAGACUUAGACGGCCCAAUCCUCUCCCACAUCCGCACCCACUGUCCAAAAACGUACACAAUCGGCCCAGUCCAACAACAUCUGAAGACCAGACUCGCCGAGGGUGAAUCACCCAUCUCUCACUCUUUCUGGGAAGAAGACAAAACUUGCAUGCAAUGGCUCGACCGGCAACCGGAUAAGUCGGUCAUCUACGUCAGCUUCGGCAGCCUCGCCACGUUAACGGCGGCACAAAUCUCGGAAUUCCGGCACGGUCUCGUCGCCAGCGGGGUUUCGUUCUUGUGGGUCAUAAGACCAAACAUUGUCCGAGGUGAGGAUAAUAAUAACAACAACAACAACAACAACAACAACAAUAAUUACCCAGCACUCAUAAAACCCCCAACGGCCGGGUGUGUGGUGAGGUGGGCCCCACAGGAGGAGGUGUUACAGCACCCGGCCAUUGGGGGGUUUCUGACCCACAGCGGGUGGAACUCGACGCUGGAGAGCAUCAUCGCGGGUAAGCCGAUGAUAUGCUGGGCGUUGGGUGUGGACCAGAUGGUGACGAGCAGGCUGGUGAGUGAAGUGAGGAAGGUUGGGUUGGACAUUAAAGACAAAUGCGACCGCGUCACGGUCGAGAGUGCGGUUCGGGAGCUGAUGACGAUGGGAAAGAGAAGGGAGGAGAUGGAGAAAUCAAUGGAGAAGCUUUCAUGGCUGGCAAGGGAGAGUGUCAAUGGCGGAGGGUCGUCCCAUGCUAGCCUUGACCAACUCGUGCAUGACAUAUCAAGAUUAUUGAAGAAGAAUUGAAAGAGAGAGCGACAAUUUAAUCAUGACCCAACGAUCAAAGGGAGCGGUUUGUCUUGUGAUGAGGAGGUGUGUGAUCAAGAGUAGAAGGACUGCUAGAUCAUAAAACAAAGCGUUAGAGACUUCCUCGACAACUGAUCUAGAAUCUUUGACAAGAUUCUUCCUUGCCUAGGACAAGAAUAUCAAGUGGCUAGUUUUUUCCUUUGACUCCAAAGUCAAAAUUAACUUGGGGUACGUGU